AUGUGUACGAAUUCGGAGUCACGGUACGGCUGCUGGCUUGUCUUCACCAACGUCUUGAAGCUCGUGAUUUACGUCGCUGACGUGGUGUCUGACAUCGUGUUAGCGGCCAAAUACUUCAACAACGGCGACACCUACUGGGGCGGUUUUACCCUGGCCUUCGCGCUGGUGCCGCAGUUCUUCAUGAACAUGACCAUGUGGUACCAGGAGGGACGGAACCCUCGCACAUUCAUCCUCUACUUCCUCCAGGUCGGCGUGGUUCUGAGGUAUCUCCAAGUCGUGGUUGGUGUCUGCUGUCGUUGUUACAACCCUUCAGAUAUCCGCAAAGACAAGGAAAAGGCCGAAACGUCCCAGAAGCCAGUGUCUCGCACAGUUCUCCACGUCCUCCCCCUCGUACACCUGAUUAGCACCCUCCUGGAGUCCGUCCCACAAAUCUGCCUGCAGCUGUACGUUGUCAUAGUGACGGGUGAACUUGAGCGCAUGGAGAUAGACCCGUUAAAGUACGUGUCAGUAGUGAUAUCUCUUGUGGCGGCGGUGAAGACUGUGUGGGACUGGGAAAUGCACUUCUUCGAUGUUAAUCCCAAUCCCCCUCGUCGGUGGUGCCUACUGUACGGACCUCUGUUCGCCGUCUGGAAAGUGGUGGAGCUGUGUUCUCGGGUCGUGGCCUUCUGUGUGUUCUCAUCACUGUACAGCUACGGGGGCUUCGUGGUGGUGGGCGUCCACUGGUUGGUGAUGGCAAUAACAGAAAACGUGCUGUGCAGUUACUUUAGAGACGGUGAUCCGUGGAUUGGAUUUUAUGACGACAUCUACUACGAUAGCGGCACAUUCAUGCAGGUCUGCUUCAACCUCCUCACGGUCUCACCUGUUGACGUUUUCGCUUGGGCAACCUUCGGGUCAAGAUCAUUCUCCAAGAUCCAGCCGAUUGUGAACGGUGUCCUGACGUUCGCCGGGAACUACGUGAUGGUCCUGGUAUGGUAUUUCCUGAAGGACGCCAGCGCCUGGUACGACUUGUACGCGCUCAUUCCGGUUUUGGUUGGAACUGCAACAUCCUUGUUGAUUUUAAAGCCGCUGUACCUUUGGUGUUACGCUCGCGGACCUUGCAAUGCCGUCCCUAGCCCUGAACCAAAAUUACAGAUGUAUUUCAUAGGAUGA